GUUACUAAGGGUGGGAGCCCGGCGAGGGCGCCGGCGGCGGGUGCUGUCUGAGGCUCGCUUCAAGGCCUGGCUACGCUCGCCAUGCCGAACCGCCGGGCCAGCCGCAAUGCCUACUAUUUCUUCGUGCAGGAGAAGAUCCCCGAACUACGGCGGAGAGGCCUGCCUGUGGCUCGCGUCGCUGAUGCCAUCCCCUACUGCUCCCCUGAAUGGGCGCUCCUGGGGGAGGAGGAAAAGGAGAAGUAUGCAGAAAUGGCUCGACAGUGGAGAGCUGCCCAGGGGAAGGACUCCGGGCCUUCGGAGAAGCAGAAACCUAUUUGCACCCCACUGAGGAAGCCAGGCAUGCUUGUACCAAAGCAGAAUGUUUCACCCCCGGAUCUGUCAGGCUUGUCUCUAAAAAGUGAUCAAGCUCUCCUUGGAGGCAUUUUUUAUUUUUUGAAUAUUUUUAGCCAUGGCGAGCUACCUCCUCACUGUGAACAGCGCUUCCUCCCUUGUGAAAUAGGCUGUGUUAAAUAUUCUCUCCAAGAAGGUAUUAUGGCAGAUUUCCACAGUUUUAUAAAUCCUGGUGAAAUUCCACGAGGAUUUCGUUUUCAUUGUCAGGCUGCAAGUGAUUCUAGUCACAAGAUUCCUAUUUCACACUUUGAAUCUGGGCAUGACCAAGCAACUGUGUUACAAAAUCUUUAUAGGUUCAUUCAUCCAAACCCAGGGAACUGGCCACCUAUCUACUGCAAGUCUGCUGAUAGAGCCAGAGUCAACUGGUGUUUGAAGCACAUGGCAAAGUCAUCAGAAGUCAGACAGGAGCUGGAGCUGCUCACUGUAGAGGAUCUUGUGGUAGGGAUCUACCAGCAAAAGUUCCUGAAGGAGCCUUCUAAGACCUGGGUCCGCAGCCUCCUGGAGGUGGCAAUGUGGGAUUACUCGAGCAGCACCAGGUGCAAGUGGCAUGAAGAAAAUGAUAUUCUCUUCUGCGCUUUAGCUGUUUGCAAGAAAAUUGCGUACUGCAUCAGUAAUUCUCUGGCCACUCUCUUUGGAAUCCAGCUCACAGAGGCUCAUGUACCACUUCAGGAUUAUGAGGCCAGCAAUAGUGUGACCCCCAAGAUGGUUGUGUUGGAUGCAGGGCGUUACCAGAAGCUAAGGGUUGAGAGUCCAGGAUUCUCUCAUUUCAGCUCUUCUAGUCAAGACCAAAGAUCAAACACACCCACUGGUGACUACCCAUCUGGGGUGAAAAUCUCUGGCCAAAACAGCAGUGUUCGGGGAAGAGGGAUUACACGCUUACUAGAGAGCAUCUCCAAUUCCUCCAGCAAUAUCCAUAAAUUCUCCAGCUGUGAGACUUCAGUCUCCCCUUAUACAUCCCCAAAACACGGAUACAAAUCUUUCUCUUCCUUAUCUUAAUGAUGGUACAUUUUUCAAUUUCUGGAAAAAUAACAGGCCCAACUUCCCUUAUGACUGUAGUCAUAUAUUAAACAGAUGACAUCAAUGAUAAAUGUCAUUACUAUAAAAACUACUUAAUUUGUAAGGAAAUUCUGUUUCAUGGAUUAAAAAUAAUUGUGGUUGGAGAAGAUCUUGGCAUUUUUGCAUUUUUCUUUAGGGCUUGUUCUACUUUCUGACUGUAUUAUGGGAAUGCCAUUAAAGUUUUGAGUCCUGUAAUAAAACCAGCAUUUUAGGAGUUGUGCUUUUGGGAAUGUUAUAUUUUUGUAUCUUUUCCUCCACAAUAAAGGUAUUGAGUAUCUGUUA